UUCCACCCUCACCAUAGGGUUCCAUUCCACCUCCCACCCCCACCACCACCACCACCUUCGCUUUUAUUUCUCCUUCUUUAUUCCUCCCAAAAAUAUAUAUAUAUAAAAAAAUCGCCCUUUUUCAAUUCAUUACCCACCCUUUUCCCCUUUUUUAUAAAAAAAAAAAUCCAACUCAACCGUUUUCUUCCCCCCAAUAAUUACUAUAUUUCUUUGGAUGCCGGCAUGGCGGGCCUAGAUCUCGGCACUGCCUCCCGCUUUGUCCGCCCCCUCCACCACCGCCCCGACAUCCAACUCCAGCGCCCCGACUCCGACGAUUCCGCCGGCGGCGGUGGAUCCGGAGGCGGCCGCGGCGAUGACUCCGCCCCUGCCGCCUCCUCCGGCGGCCUGGAGCUGGUCGCUCCCCACGGGAACUCCUUGGCCACGGGGCCGGGAGACGUCGGCGCCCGGCGCCCCCGCGGCCGCCCCCCGGGGUCGAAGAAUAAGCCGAAGCCCCCAGUUAUAAUCACCCGGGAGAGUGCCAACACCCUCCGCGCCCACAUCCUCGAGGUCGGCAGCGGCUGCGACGUCUUCGACUGCCUCGCCACGUACGCACGCCGCCGCCAGCGCGGCGUCUGCAUCCUCAGCGGCAGCGGCACCGUCGCGAACGUCAGCCUACGCCAGCCGGCCUCCGCGGGCGCCGUCAUCACCCUUCACGGCCGCUUCGAGAUCCUCUCUCUCUCCGGCUCCUUCCUCCCGCCCCCGGCCCCGCCGGGGGCCACCAGCCUCACCAUCUUCCUCGCCGGCGGGCAGGGGCAGGUCGUCGGAGGGAACGUGGUGGGCGCGCUCAUCGCCACCGGGCCGGUCAUCGUCAUCGCCGCAUCGUUCACCAACGUCGCUUACGAACGGCUCCCCCUCGAGGACGAGGAGCCGCCGCCGCUUCAGAUGCAGCCGCCCGUGUCCCAGGGCUCGGGCGGUGGCGGUGGAGGUGGCGGUGGGACCAACAGUGGCGGUGCUGGUGGAAGCGGGAAUGCUGGGAAUCCGUUUCCUGACCCAUCUAGCUUGCCGUUCUUCAAUUUGCCGCUCAACAUGCCUCAGUUGCCGGUGGACGGGCACGCCGGAUGGUCCGGUAGUGCUGCAGGCCGGCCGCCCUACUGAUCACAGGCAAUAAUCAUGGGAGCUUCAUCGAUCAAAUUCAUGGAAGCAGAAAAGGUUGGCAUGAAUUUAUGAGGACCUGUGUGUACAAUUACUCCCCCUCCCUCUCUCUCUCUCUCUCUCUCGUUUUGAUAUUUUGGUCACUUGGCUGUAGGUUCUACCUUUUAUGCGUUCAUUUCCCUCUGAUCGAUCACCCCAUGUUGUUUGUUGUUUAUUAUGGGAACUCUAAAUCUUGUUUUCAUAAAACAAUGGGUUUGAGACUGCUACUACAUCCCUUUGCACUAGGGUUUUACUGUCUCUACUUGUAGUAUUAUCCCACCUUCUAUAUUUAAAGUUCCUUUUGAAGUUA